AUGGGAUCCAAAGCUGCCACCGAAGCCAUGGCUGGUAUUUCUUCCAUGUCAACCACAAUGAUGCCUUUCCUUUACCAGACAAGAACGCUAUCCACCUUACCAUGGAUCAGAACCAAUUCGAAUUUUCUGCCUCGAUACAGAACCGCCGCUCGAACCACUGCAUGUUUCACAAGGACGUACGGAAACUUCUCUGAAUCUGGGCGCUUCUCCAGGGAAACCCGAAAGAAUCGACCCACAAAGAACACUCCUAGAUGGGACGACAUCGCCUUCGAGGGCGAGGAAACCCCCAUGCCCUCUGUGUAUCCAGAGAGACGUGGAACUGUCGUCAAAAAUCGUAGUCACAAAAAGCUCAACGAAUUUGGAGAGUCUGAUGAUGGAAUAUUUGGGGAGCCAGACUUGUCAGAAGAGGAAGAAUAUGACAUCUUUGCCGAUGAGACGGACUCAAAGCAGCAAGUCCCCAAAUCGACAAUUACAGAUAGAGAACGAAGAGCCUUUCAAAAUAUUUUCUCGGAAAUGUUUGCACAAAAACCGGGGUCCAUGGAUCCGAAUGAUCCAUCGAAUGCCAGAGAACAGGCGAAGACCAAGUUGGACGUUAUUAUGGCUGGUGCCAUGGUUGCAACCGCCCGCAGUCGGAAGGAAAAGGAGGCUGUCAUUAAUCAAUAUCCACCAGCUUUACGCGAUAGCAUUUCGAAAGCUAUUGGUCUGCAUGAUGAGAUCGUAGCGAAGGAAGGAGGAAAAGGGUACGAACAAGACCCGGAAGAUGCGGAUGGGGGUGAAGUAACUGGAAAUAUAGAAAUAGAGCACGCUCAUCUCGAAGCUCUGCGAGAACCCGAACGGAUCCGAGUCGAAACCUUAAUGAAGGAAGCAAACACAGAUUUUGAACUGUGGGAGGUGAUGGAGAAGGAGGUGUUUUCAUUGAUUCCAAGAUUGGGUCUUGACAAGCCAACAUCGCUGGAAUCAAUGGUGGACGGGUUAGGAAAAUCAAACAGAGGGAAGAAGAAGCUCGAGCCAAUUCCCAAGAAUGAGGACGAGGGAGCUGCUAGAUUUAAGCAAAUGGUUGAGGAAACCACCGAUGGCAGUGAAGCCGCAGCGUUGAACACAUAUGGACCUUUAUACCCUUCGUAUCUGUUACUCGCAAUCCGUCUCUUCGAUCGCUCAUUCGCGAAGCCCUCGCCCCUCGCCCUCUCCAUCCUACCCAAAAUCAAAUCUCUCGGCGACACAUCAACAGUUCUCGGAGCAAGCACCCAAUUCUACAACGAAAUCCUUCGUAUAUCUCUACUCCGAUAUGAAAACAUUGCUGGUAUGCUAACAACUCUCACCGAGAUGGAGAAAUGGGCAGUGGAAUUUGACGAGGAGACGCUGGAUAUCAUCAGCGAAGCGUCAAGUCUAGCGGGACGGGCCAGAGCUGGAAAUGAUGGGGCCGUUAUAAAGCAUAUUUGGAGUCGGAUGCCGCAAUUUGCGUCCCGUGGUAUCAAAGAGUGGAGAGAGAAGAUUGUUUCCUCGCUUAGUGCGAGUGAACGGUCUUCCUAA